AUGCAGCAUCGGGGCAGGGAGGUCACGCUGAAUCUGCGGCAGGCCGAGCUGCUGGGGCGCCUUCUCGCAGCGCAUGGGCGCUGUGCCAGCCAGCCCAUCACUCGGUUGGGCAUUCAUACCUCUAGGCUGGGCCAGCAGCUUGAUGCGGGCAUCCUGGCCCCCUUCCACCACCUCAGCUUUCUGAAGCUGUACUGGUUUGACAGCGGUGACCUGGCGGGGGCACCCUCUAGCCUGCGCCAAGUGCACAUGGUGCUUCCCGGCUCCUCCUUCAUUCAUGCACAGGUCACACUGGCUAUGCUCCGGUUCGAACGCCUCCUGGUAGAUGCGGCGGCACAGGGAGGCGCUCCCCCACAGCAGCUGGAGCUACCAGCAGCAGCCGAGGCAGAGCCGGCACCAGAGCCAGCAGCAGUCUUGCCAGAGGCAGAGGCGGCACCAGAGCCAGCUGCAGUCUUGCCGGAGGCAGGAGAAGGGGCGCAGCAGCCGGCUGCAGCCGAGGAGGAGGAGGCGCCGCCACAGCCAGCCGCGGCUGCGGAAGAGGCAGGAGAGGCGGCGCACGUACCUGGUGCGGCAGCUUUGCAGGCAGAGCAGGCACCAGGCGGUGCGGGGGCUGUCGCAGCUGCCGCUGCUGCACAGCCGGUUGACUGGGCUGCCAUGGGGGCGGCCACCGCUGCGGCUGCUGCGGCGUUGCCGGAUGUGGGGCAAGCUGUGCAGCAGUUUGAGCUGCUAACGCAGCAGAUGGAGGCUGCUGUGACGGCCCAAGGCAUGCUCACUCCCAUCAUCAGGGCGCCGCCAGUCCGCCUGGAUUCGCUCAUUAUUGACGGCGGUGGCCUGCAUCUGGCGGCGGAUGCAGUGCAGCUGUUUGCGACUGCCAGGACAGUGCGCCUGGCAGCGCUGCGGCUGCAGCUGACGGCCCCAGAUCCACUGUUGGGCGCUCCAAGCCAACGCCAGUGGGACGUGCAGGCGCUGCUGCUGCGGCCAGACCUGCGCCAUGCUGCGGCGCUGCUUGCCGCAUGUUACAGAGGAGGCGCAGCCAGCGCGCUCAUAGCUGCACAGCACUACGAGCUGAUGCUGGCAGCCCCUGCUGGUGGCAACGAGCCUCCGCAGCAGCCUCUGCUGCUUGCAGCGGCAGCAGGCGCGGAGGAUGCGGAUGGCAUGCCAGGGGUGGUGCCGCCGCUGAUGGCUGAGCUGUCAUCCAGUCAGCUUGCGGCCCUCCUGCGGCACCGUGCGGUGCGGCAGCAGGGCGUCAGUCUGCACCGUCUGGAGGCCAUCGCCGAUGGAGUGCUGUGGCUGACCAUGCUCCGUACCAAGCGCGGCAUUGAGACGUCCAGGCUGGGCCAGCAGCUUGAUGCGGGCAUCCUGGCCCCCUUCCACCGCCUCAGCUAUCUGAAGCUGUACUGGUUUGGCAGCGGUGACCUGGCGGGGGCACCCUCUAGCCUGCGCCAAGUGCACAUGGUGCUUCCCGGCUCCUCCUUGGUCCAAAUUCACAUCAACAAUGCUGUGGCAAAGUACAAUCGCGCCGUGGUGCAGGCGCCGCCCUUUCUGCUGGACUCGCUCAGCAUUGAUGGCAGAGGCCUUCACGUGGCGACAAAUGCAGCACAGCUGUUUGCGGCUGCCACGAGGUUGGAGCUUGGCGCGGGGCAUCUGCGCCUGGCGGCCCCGGAUCCGCUGCUGGGCCGCUGCCAACUGCGCCAGCGGGCAGCCCUGCUUGAGCGGCCUGAGCUUCGCUGCGUGGCAGCCUUGCUUGCCGUCUACAUGACAGUGGACCCAGCCAGCGCAGAGUUCAAUGUACUGCAGUAUGAGCUGCAGCUGGCCAGCCCUGUGGGUGCUGCUGCGGAGGCGGCAGUGCCGCUGAUGGUCGAGCUGGCAUCCGAUCAGCUUGGCAGCCUUUUGCCACACGACGCUGUGCAACGUCCCAGCGUUGCAGCGUGCCUGAAGGAUCCCGACGCGCAGGGAAAUCGGCAGGUGGUUCUGGCGAGGGGCCCCGCCCAGGCGACGGACUUCUCGGGCAUUGCCUGCAUCACUAUUAACAGGGAGUAA